CUCACACACACACACACGCAGAGGGACAGACACAGAGAGGGACAGAGACUCUGUCUUAAACUCCGGACAUCAGCGCUCUGGUUGAAGAAGUGUCCUCUCGUCGUCAGGUUUGGAUGAGCCUUCUCCAGUAGUAGUGACAGAGGUGUGAGGCAGCAAGACCCACACCGGGCACCCCACCUCCCCCCCCCCCGGCAGCCAUGCCGCCGCCGGCAGACAUAGUCAAGGUGGCCAUUGAGUGGCCGGGGGCUUUCCCCAAGCUCAUGGAGAUAGACCAGAAAAAGCCUCUCUCGGCCAUCAUUAAAGAAGUGUGUGAGGGGUGGUCCUUGGGGAACCAUGAAAACUUUGCUCUCCAGAUCGCCGACGCAACAAGUUUCUACAUCACAGAAAAGAAUCGCAACGACAUCAAGAAUGGCUCGAUAUUACGCUUGACCACCUCUCCUUAUCAGACGGCAGUCCAGCUCCAUGAGCGGAUUCAGUCGUCCAGCAUGGAUGCCAAGCUGGAGUCUCUGAAGGACCUGGCCAACGCCUCGCGUGACAUCACCUUUGCCCAAGAGUUCAUCAACCUGGACGGCAUCUCCCUGCUCACUCAGAUGGUGGAAAGUGGGACUGAGCGCUAUCAGAAACUACAGAAGAUUAUGAAGCCCUGUUUUGGCGAUCUGCUGUCCUUCACUCUGACCGCCUUCGUGGAGCUGAUGGACCACGGCAUCGUCUCUUGGGACACUUUCUCUGUGGCCUUCAUCAAGAAGAUCGCCAGCUAUGUAAACAAGUCGGCAAUGGACACAGCAGUGCUGCAGCGUUCCCUGGCCAUCCUGGAGUCCAUGGUGCUCAACAGUCAGGAUCUGUACCACAAGGUGGCGCAAGAGAUCACCAUUGGACAGCUCAUCCCACAUCUUCAGGGGACUGAUCAGGACAUACAGACAUACACUAUUGCCGUCAUCAAUGCUCUCUUCCUCAAAGCUCCUGAGGAGAAGAGACAGUUUGAUGAGCACACUGUGGACAUCCUAGAUUGUCCCCUGACAGAGAUGGCCCAUAUUCUGGCCCAGAAACAGCUGCGCUCCAUCAUUCUCAGUAACGUGAUCCGGAGCCCGACACCCAUCAACGAUGAGAUGGCCCACCAGCUGUAUGUGCUGCAGGUGCUCACCUUCAACCUACUGGAGGACCGCAUGAUGACAAAGAUGGAUCCUCAGGACCAGGCUCAGCGGGACAUCAUCUUUGAGCUGCGGAGAAUCGCCUUCGACGUGGAGUGUGAGCCCAACAGCAGCGGGAGCAUCGAGAAACGCAAGUCCAUGUACACGCGCGACUACAAGAAGCUCGGCUUCAUCAACCACGUGAAUCCAGCUGUGGAUUUUACCCAGAUUCCUCCAGGCAUGUUGGCUCUGGAUAACAUGUUGUACUUUGCCAGACAUCACCAGGACGCCUACAUCAGAAUUGUCCUGGAGAACAGCAGUCGAGAAGAUAAGCACGAGUGUCCGUUUGGCCGCAGCAGCAUCGAGCUGACCAAGAUGCUCUGUGAGAUACUCAAAGUUGGCGAGCUCC